GAAUUGCCGUUGAAUUCGAAAUUUGAACCUUUAAAUUGAACCGCUCCUCCCCGAAAGGGCAGUCUUUUCGCCUGAACGGAGAUAUGUGAAGCGAUUCAUUUCUAUCGAGAAGAUCGUAGCUCUGAUCUCUGAUUCAGGAGAUGGAUUUUCACGGAAUGAAGAGGAAGCAGUUGCAGAGCCUCUGCAAGAAGCAUGGGAUCCCCGCAAAUCUGAAGAAUUCGGAGAUGGCGGAUCGGUUGUCCUCCAUUUUUAAGGAAAUUGAGAAGCCGGAGGGCGGGGAACGAUCCUCCCUGAGCGAUGUGCAGGAGAUUGCUCGUGAAACCGAUUCGAAAGACAUGCCCCAGCGAGCAAAGAAGGUCAGGUUUAGUCCCGAGGAUGAAACUUUUAUAUUUAUCAGUUCAGAUGUAGAAAGCACUGUGGUAAAGAAACGGUCGGGAAGGAGGAAGUACGGCAAGAAACUAAACCAAUCAGCUUUGGUUCCUGAGAGUUCCAAAGAAACUGAAGAUUCAGUCGGAAACACUCGAGUUCAAGCAGCUCGUACUAGGAGAACAAGAGCAGGAAGGGCAGCUGGAGUUAAUAGAGAUGCAACUGAGAUUAUUGAUCUUCCUGACGACGCAACUGCAGUCGGUGAAUCCAGCAGUGGCAGGGAGCCAACCGGCAGGCAGCAGAGGCGUGGGGGACGGGCGAUGGUAGAAAAGAAUAUGGAAGUUGGUUUGGAGAAGAAUUCAAGAAAGAGAUAUUUGGAAAAGGAUGAAGGUUGCAAUGGCAAUGACAAUGGCACUAAAAGGCUCACAAGGCAAUCAAAACCAAGUGUGGUGAAGAGUAAACUCGAAAGUACUGGGAGAGCCACUCGAUCGAGGGCUUGGUCUCUGGAGAAAGCUCCUGCCAUGGAAGGGGGCAAUGAGGAUGUUCGAGUUCAGGCAGAGAGUGAAACUGGACAUGUUCUCCAACUUGGGGAACGUCCGGGAGGUUUAGCACGAAAGACACGGAAUUCUAUUGCAUUGUACAAGGAUUUAGACACAGUUUUGGUUUCUGAUGCAGUAACAUGUAGGAAAUCCUUACCCCUGAGCAUCUCCAGAAAACGGGAGGAUGCUCCUGUUGCUGCUGCUCUAAUAGGUGAGAAAGUAAAUGGACUUGCAGUGGAGAAGAACGUUAAGGAAAGGUUGAAAAAUUCUGUUACUGAAGAAGGAAGCUCGGAAAAUACACUUGGUUGCAAUCCUGUUAGCAGGGAAGUACUUCCAAGGAGAUCGAGAAGACAAAGUGUAAUGUCUCGUCUUCUCAUUAAUGGAGAGUUUUCAGUUGAGAAAAUAGCCUAUUCUUUGAAACAGCACGACCCAGUUGCGAAAGAAAGUACUCGUGCCAAUCCAAACGAACCUUCAGGCAAAGCACACAUGAGAGGGUCCAAAAGAAAUUCUCCAAAAGUUUCAUCCCUUGUGCCUAGGAAGAAGAUAUUAAGAGCAACCACCAAAAAGCAGAAGAGAGUUUCCAGAAUGGAAUCAGUCGAAGAAGUUGCCGAGCCUGAGUCUGAAAGCACAGUAGCCCCCAUUGAGCAUAUGAAUCUCGAUGUCAAGUUGAAUGUACCAGAGACAGAACUUGGAGAAGAAGUCACUGAUGUCACUCAGGCUUGUCAGAUCGAAGCUAGUGCUAUUAAAGAAGUUAGUUUUAUGGAUGUCAGUGCUCAAAAAGCAGAGGAAGAACGGGUUGCUUCUGAAUCAGAUAAAUCUCUGGUAACAGAACAUGUGGAAUCAAAGACAGCUUGUGGUGAAAAUAAUGAAGAUGAGGAAUUGCUUAUGGAUAAUAGUGAAGAUUACUCAAAUGAAGUCGGCAGUCUUCGUAAAUGCAACUUGGCUAAAGUUAGUGAUGCUGUUUGUUACAAACCUGCAAGUCACAUGAAUAGCUGGCGUGAACUUUCGUCUGCUACUUUCGGCUCUGAGAGGGGAUUAGGAACUGAACCUUUUAUUGUAGAGCAAGAAAUCUGUGAGGAUACUAUUGAGGUAGAUGAUCACUUAGUUACGGGUUCUAGUAAUCAUGUCCGAGGGAAUGGACAAAAUUUCCAGUCUCAGGAACUAGUUCUUGCGGAACAGAAAGAUGAACUCAGAGAGAACAAAAGCUCAGGAAGAAAUUCUGAAGAGGUGAUCAAGCCAACUGAGGACAGAGGUUAUCUCGAUUGUAACAAAGCAGAGGAAAGUAGCAUUAGUGAGCUAGAGGACAUUAAUUCAGGGCUUCCACCUGCAGUCCCUGAAUCUGCAAAAGAAUCAAAAGUGACAAUUUAUCGUAGCAUGUCCUGCUCCUCUAUGCUCGGAGCAAAAAUGCAUAUCGAAGAAUUUGAAUGUGCCAGUCUUGAGACUGAACUGCCACAGGAAAUUCCAUGUGGGGCGAAGAUUGACUUAAAUAAUGCAGUGGAAGUAAUGAAUGCAGGGGAUGAGUUGCCAAAUGUUCAAGCAUCGGUAGCUGCUGAGGAGCCUGUUGAUAAGGGUGGAGAGUAUGAAGUUAUAGAGGAAAAUGGGGAGAAGGCUCCUGUUGAGAAUUCCAGGGAACCUGAAGAUAGAAGGAUGGUCAGGAGCCCUCAUGAGAACGUCGAAAAUAUUACAGAUUCUGUUCUUUCAAAGCAAUAUGAAGAAGUAGGCACAGAGAAGCAGAUGAAGGCUUCCAAAGUAGUAUUUUCAGCAGAAGUAACACCAAAAUCUGAAUUCCCUGUGGCCUUCAAAGAGCCUCUCACUCUUGAUCUUGAGUUGAAUAUCCCGGAAGUUGCUAAUUAUGAAUCCGGACCGGAGAUAGAGCCCCUAGAAGUUACUGAUAGUAUUCAAGGAAAUGGAUCUCACACUGAAGCUGGAGCAGAAAAAGAACUCCAUCCCGCGUGUUUGAAGGCCCGAAGUUCUGCUGAAGAGGAAUGUGAUGCAUUACAAUCAAACCAACCUCUGGUCACUGAACCAAUGGACUCAAAGACAAUUAUCAGGGAAGAAAAUGGGAGUGAGGAAAUGCUCCAGGAUUUCAGGGAAGAUAACUUGAAUGAAAUACACAGUCUUCAUGUAGAUGAGUUGGUCGAGCUACAGGCGGUGGUGCAUGUUGAUAAACUCGGAAUUGCUUCUUACCCCAUGGCAGCUCCAGUGGAUAGCCCAGGUGGACUCUCUGACACGGAACAACUUGUUGUGGAACAAGAAACGUAUGCAAGAAAUAUCAAGUUAAAUGGUCAUUUAACUGUAGGUUCCUUUGAUUCUAUCCAAGGGAGCCCAGGAACUUCUCCAUCACUGCAGUCAAUGCAGGACCUAGUUGAGGAAUUUACGAAAAAGAGAAGCUCGGGUGAAAGUUCUGGAGACAUGAUUGAGAAAGCUGAGAAAAGAGACGGUGACAGGAACAGUUCUGAGAAAACAAAUCUUGCUGAUAAAGAAGUUUCUGGAUUUGCAAGAGUAAAAGAAACGACAGAUGAAAGCAGUCCAUGGUCCUUUGGGUCCAGUGGUGAAGGGAAUCUCCUAGAAGAUGAAUGUGAUAGUCAUGAGAAUGCAUUGCUUCCGGAAAUUCCAUGUGCAAGGGAAAUUAACACAAAUGGCGCAGUGGAAGCAAAAAGUGCACAGAAUGAGAUGCAAAAUGUUCGACGAACAUUGGUAGUUGCUGAAUUGCAUGCGUGUGAAAUAGCAGAUGAGAAUGGUCAAACUGCUGAAGAUAAAAAGCAUGAAGCUUUAGAAGGAAAUGUAGACAAUUCGCCUAAGGAGAUUAUAUGGAAACCUGUAACUGGAUGCUCAGAGAACAACGAUGCGGUGAUGAUUGUCACCCCUACUAAGAAUAGAACUGCACCUGAAAAGAGUUCAAUCUCGGAUGCCGUUGUCUCAAUGCAAGGCAAAUGUGAUCACAAGGAUGAUAUUUCAAUUAGCAAGACUGCAGAGGAAAAGGGUAGUCAAGAGAAGAAUAAGGAGGAGAUAGCUAAAGAAGAAAAUGAGAACGACAAGGCGCCCAAUUUUGCUAGAGAAUUUUUUGGUUCUGUGGAAAAGUGGCCUAUAAAAAACUGGCAAACAGAUGGAACGCCUAUUUCCUGUUCAAGAAAGUCAGGAUUGGCUUUUCAGAUCGAGGAGGACGAAAAAGUAAAUAACUUGAUGGCAGCAGAGGACAACCAAGUUGACGUACAUGCUUCUUCUGCUGCUGCUUUUCAAUAUGAAGUCUCAGUCAGCGGCGAUGAGGAUGAGAAUGUAAGUCAAGGGCAGAACAAAGAAGAGAUAAAGACAGAAGAUGGGAAUCAAAAGGGAUUCCAUCUCAGGAGAGAACCAGUAAAUAUUGAGGAAGUGUGUUUAAAUGAAGAUCCUUCUGCUGGUGGAAUGUCCCUUUCUUGUUUGGGGAAGUCAGGAUCAGGAUUUAAAAUUGAGAAGGCAGAAGAGUAUGACUACUCAGAAACUAGAAAAGCAAGCAGCUGCAAAAUUCCAAGUGCUGAAGAAAGGAGAGUCGAUGAAGACGAGAAUACUUCUGCUGAUUUAUCUUUGCAAGCUCCUUCUGAUUUUGGCGAUAUGUUGUUAUCUUCAUAUGAGCUCACUGUUUCACCAAACAAAGAUGUACAUGAAGAUGAGAGAGACGAGGGAGAUAAGCAACACUCCCCUGAUUCUGAUGAGGCAAACAAUAUAGGCCAACAACUAGAACUGAAUGCGGAGAGAACAUCGAAUCUAAUUACUGUGGAUACUGACUCUUCAAUCUUUCCACCAGAAGAACCAAACAAGCUUUACAGUCCAGAGCUUCUCAGGAAUACACAUAGCUGUGAUGAGACUUCUAAUGAACUCCACAGUGCAGAAACAGUUGAAAAAGCUUCAUUUAGUAAAAACUUUUCUGCUGGGGACAAUGUUACUGACUCCGAGUUUUUUGAUGAAUUAUAUUCAGAAACUAAUGCAGCUCAGUUCAAUAACAGUAUGGAUAUGAGUUCUUCCAAGAAGUGUCUUGAAGUUGGUCUGAAUAUGGAAAAGCAAACUGUUCGAUUGGCAGAAAAUAACAAGAUGGAUCAGGAAAAGGAGGCUGAAACAGGAGAAAUGGCCCUUGCAGUUUAUCCAGAGAAAAAUGCUGUUACUGCUUCCGUUGGACUCGAGUCAUCAGACAAUAAGAUAGCAAAUGCUGGAGAUAAUUAUGAAGCAGUAGGAGUAGAUGCUUUCCUCGCAAAUUUAACAGGCAUCAGCAACAUUUCAGAUGAGAAGGACGGGAUGAUGGAGUGCUAUAGUGAAAUGAACAUCAGUAGCAUUGGAACCGGUGAGGAAGAAGAUGCACGAGUGGAGCAGAAGAGUACCAUGUCUCUCGAUGAACUCGCCGUCAGGGAGACAAGUGACAAGCAUGAGCUUCCCUUGAAUGGUUUGAACAGCUAUACCCAGCGGGACAAAAUAAACAUCUCUGCAGAAUACAGUUCAUUUACCUAUGAGACGCUGAACAAGGACACAGAUACCAUACCGAAUAUUGAGGAAAAUGAAGAAAUGCAAAAUCCGGCCAUUGAAGGUGGUGGAGAUCUCGAAAGUAGUUUGCCACCUUGUGAAGAAGUCGCUGCUCUAGAGCAAUUCAUAGGCUUCGAAACAGCUUCUCAGGAGCAAUCUGUGGGUGAUGAAACAGCUCCUAAUGGACAAUUCAUGGGCAAUGAAUCAACUGCUAAGGAGCAAAUUUCUGUUCUGACCAAAUCAUACAUUGGUCUCAGAACUUUGACGAUUACCAAAGAGACCAGCGAUGAAACUUCCACAUUUAAUGCUGGCUCCUCAUCGAAAAGGGGAAGAGAAACAGAUUUCACAGCAAUUUCACGAGUCAGAACUUCUACAGAAUGCGAGAAUAAAACUUCAGACAGUGAUUCGCAACUCUUCACUAGCAAGGAAAUCGGUCUGUUCCUUGGUGGCAAGACAGAUGGGCCUGAAGGGUUGGUUUCGAAGGCCAUAGAAGCUGAUUUCGUGAAAGAAGAUAUUGUGGAUAUUAAAGACAAGUCACAAGAUGCAGAUAUGGCCGUGAUUAUCCCGAAAUACAGUGAUCAUGACAGUUCUGAGGAUGAGCAAGUUGAGGCUGAAGACAUAUUCGAGCACAAAACAGAGGAAAUACUCGAGGCCAGAAGCAAUGAUUCUGUUGCUGCUGCAGAAGAGCUCCACAUUGAAGCUACUGGAGGAACAUCAAACGAGCAGGAAGAUGAUGAUAAUGAUGCUUCUGCGAUGAUACAAGAGUACAUUGACCGUGAGAAGGAGAGAGGUGCCUCAAUCGAGACAGUGAAUCCAUCUCCUUCUGCAAAUAAGGAAUCAUCACAAGAAUGUGAGUGGAGCACCUCUACGACCAUUUCCAUCGUGGAAAGUGCAGAAGUUUUGGUUUCGAGGGACGAAACCAAGCACCAAGAAGUUGCAUGGCAGGACGAAGCGUUCAAGAGUAAAGAUACUGCCCUGAGCGAGAGUUCGCUGAAGAAGACGAACUUUUCGAAGACACUGAGGAAGUUGCCGAGUACUUUUGACAAGAUGAAGGAGAACAUUUAUGGGAAUACAAAGAGGGAACAGCUCGGUGGAAGCAUCACCGCAGGGAAAACAUCGACCAAGGGGAGGAGGGCCUUGGAGGAACUGCACAGGAAUCAGAGUCAGCCGCUCCAAGGCAAUGACUACUGACAAGAAACUAGACUCUCGGAAGCAUAUCUCAUGCCAAACUUAAUGAAAUGUCUUGUUAACCCACUUGUUCAUAUCUUUAAUUAAUAUUUUGUAACAUUACUUAGAAGCAAGCCUGUAAUUGUAUGUUUGAUUGUAGCAACUGGGUUGUGUCAUUUCCAUGGACCAAGCACUAGAGCGAGUUUGUUAUACAAUGAUGUAGAUGCUUUCCUUGUAUUAGUUGUUACUAAGUU